CGCAAAUCUCCGGUGGUCUCGCGCGGGGUGCGUGUCGCGUAAGGCCUUCGCUCUUCCGGCGCGUCGUGCGGCGGGCAUUUCCUCGGUCGAGGCCCGUUCGGUACAAGAAGGUCUCCUGUGGCGGCGGCAGUCGGGUUUCGAAAGGGCUAGAAGAAGAAGAAGCCGGGAGCGGGAUGUCGGGGCCUACGGGAGGUUCGGCGGGCUCGGCCCGAAAGCGGCUGUUGAAGGAGGAGGACAUGACCAAAGUGGAGUUCGAGACCAGCGAGGAGGUGGACGUCACCCCAACCUUCGACACCAUGGGCCUUCGCGAGGACCUCCUGCGCGGCAUCUACGCCUACGGUUUUGAGAAGCCUUCAGCUAUCCAGCAGAGAGCUAUCAAACAGAUCAUUAAAGGAAGAGAUGUGAUCGCACAAUCACAGUCUGGAACAGGCAAAACAGCAACGUUUUCCAUCUCCGUUCUACAGUGUCUGGACAUCCAGGUUCGUGAAACACAAGCAUUGAUAUUGGCACCUACCAGAGAAUUGGCAGUACAGAUUCAGAAGGGGCUUCUUGCUCUUGGUGACUACAUGAAUGUCCAGUGUCAUGCUUGUAUUGGUGGGACCAACGUUGGUGAAGACAUCAGGAAGCUGGAUUACGGACAGCAUGUUGUUGCUGGCACACCGGGGCGUGUAUUUGAUAUGAUCCGUCGCAGAAGUCUAAGAACUCGUGCCAUCAAAAUGUUGGUUUUGGAUGAAGCUGAUGAGAUGCUCAAUAAAGGUUUUAAAGAGCAAAUUUAUGAUGUGUACAGAUACCUUCCUCCAGCAACACAGGUGGUUCUGAUCAGUGCCACCUUGCCACAUGAGAUAUUGGAGAUGACCAACAAAUUCAUGACUGACCCCAUCCGCAUUCUGGUCAAGCGUGAUGAGUUGACGCUAGAAGGGAUCAAACAGUUCUUUGUGGCGGUGGAGAGGGAAGAAUGGAAGUUUGAUACAUUGUGUGACCUGUAUGACACACUCACCAUCACACAGGCUGUCAUCUUCUGUAACACCAAGAGAAAGGUUGACUGGCUGACUGAGAAGAUGAGAGAAGCAAACUUCACUGUUUCAUCCAUGCAUGGUGACAUGCCCCAGAAGGAAAGGGAGUCCAUCAUGAAAGAAUUCAGAUCUGGGGCAAGCCGAGUUCUUAUUUCUACAGAUGUUUGGGCCAGAGGUUUGGAUGUUCCUCAGGUGUCCCUGAUUAUUAACUAUGACUUGCCCAACAACAGAGAAUUGUAUAUACACAGGAUUGGUAGAUCAGGCCGCUACGGCCGGAAAGGUGUCGCCAUCAACUUUGUAAAGAAUGACGACAUCCGUAUUCUGCGAGACAUUGAGCAGUACUAUUCCACUCAGAUUGAUGAAAUGCCCAUGAAUGUUGCUGACCUUAUUUGAAGGAACAGGAUGGACUGAAGACUUUUAGCUGUGAUUUGUUACAGCACUGGCUGCUGUUCACUGCUUCUUAUCUUAAGACCAUAUUGUUGUAACUCUAAAAUAGCUGUAUGUAUAUCUGAUUCAGUAAGGCCUGUACUUCUGAAUAUGGUUCUGAAAGAUCAGAGUUGGUGAAAAGCAUAUUGGAAGCAGCUACAAGUUUGUGAUUUUUUUUAAAAAAACAUUGUCAUUGUGGGAAUAUCCUAAAUGCAGAAAACUGUCCUUUUAAUUUUCUUGAUGGAAGCUGUAAAAGUAGCAUCUCUGUAAAUAAGGUGUUCAUUGACAUCCUACCAUCUUUUUUCUGAUUAAAACAAUGAAGUUUUCAUAUAAAUUCCUUAAGUGGCUUUGAAUGAAUGGCAACUGGUGCUUUAGAACAAGUAUUGGUAGUUCUGGUGUCAUGCCUCUCAAACAGGGCCAAAUGAUUUUUAAUUAGCAAGUGAAGAGGUCAAUUUAAAUGGUUUCUGAUAAUGCCAUUUUAUAUAUUUUUUGAUUAAAGGCACAGUGCAGUGCAAGUCUGAAUGCACUGUAGACAUUUUCAUGCUUUUUUCAUGUUAUAAAAUCUUAUUUAUGUAUUUAUAGCAGGGAAGUGGUAACUUACAAUUUGUGUGUAUUGCAAGUACUGAUAAAAGGUUUUACGCCAUUUUUUACAUCAGAUGCAGAGGUAUGUUAAGAUUCACUGCUUUGCUAGAACAGUACAGAUGGCCGUACAGUAUUGCCACAUAGUUAUGUACACGCUGAGUUACAUUAGUCACUUUAAGCUAUCAACUGUUUGGUUAGCAGCAUUUGCAUGUGGACUUUCAUUCUGUUGUGCUUUCUAAAUGGGUGAAUGCGGUUUCUAACCUUUAGUGACCAACCUGAGCAUCAUUGUUAAAGUGGUCUUCAUUUGAAGUGUGGACCACAAUAAUGGCUGAGCUCCUCUCCAAGGUGAAUUAAAUGAAAGUUAGCAGCCCUAUUUCCCUCAGUGUUCCUGUACAGAAUGCUUACUGUAUUUAAACAUCCGGGGGGUUGAAUCCAGUUAGACAGCUUUUGAUCUAGCACAGGGGUCCCCAGACUUACCGCGCAGU